GCACUGACAGUACUGUCGAACCAUAUGUAAGUGUGGAUGUAAGGAAAAGACCACUUGCACAGGCAAAGGUACAGGUAUACAUAACCUAAAUCAACAUGUUUAUUGUGUAGAAAUCGUUUACAGCUAGAUAACAGACAGACAGACAGUUCUGCCAAGCACAUUGUCAAUACAUUUCAAGGGUGUUUUCUUAAAUCAAGGAUAAUUGUUCGAUUUGUUAAUGAGGAGUUUCAUCGAAGUUAGGCUAAAAACAUUCAAAUCAAUAUAAAAUGGUAAUUAAUCAGCAUUGGCUUUGUAAUUAUUCAGUGAACGUAUGUACUGACGAGUGGACACCAACCCUAAAAUCGCUAUGGGAGUGCAAUUGGUCACAAAAUCUCAGCAAUGAGGUCUUCGAUCAAAUUUUAGCGAACAAUUUCGAUGGCAUCGAAUUAUCAUCACGAAACAAUGAGGAACUGUUGUGCCUGGCGAUAUCGGCUCUGCAAGCAUUUGUUCAAGGCAAUUUCGUUGGUCCAUUGUUGAACGAAGGAGAUGAAUUCAAGCAACUUCCUUGGUAUGCCGACGUUAAACGCGUCGGCAAUGAGUCAUUGCGAAACUACCUGAUGUCAGAUGGAGAAGAAAUCAAUACAAAUGCAAAGCAUCCGGAACUUUUGGCUGUUUCAAAAUAUAUUCUCACGCAUUUACAUUCGAAUUUGGAAAGUGUCAACGAUCCCAUUGAGAAAUUUAUCUGUGAACACUGGCUAUUGAGGUACUACGGUGUACAUCAACUUGUUAUUGACGAAUUUACCGACACACUUUUCAAUGGCAUAAACAACGUGUCAGACGCCUUAGUUGAACAUCUGAAUGAAAUUGAAAAUAUCGAUAAUGAUUCAAAAGUGAUUUGUCUGUUGGAAAUUACCGCAUGGCAAUUACACUAUAAACGCAUUUUUACGGCUAAAGAAAAAUUACAAAUGGCACAACAGUUGCUCGAUGUGAAUAUUUCAAUCGAAGGAAAAUUGGGCGUUCGUACGAAAUAUCAACAGAAACCAUUGCCACAAUUGAUGCUGAGAGUCGAUUCGCCAAAUGGUGAUGUCGUCGAUUUACCAUCCAUUGAGUCUCCCGUUGCGUCCGUCACACUUCCAGCCAUUCUUCAACUGGACGACGAUGUUCGAUUGGAAAAAAUUCAGUUUGUCAACGAAGAGGACAACGUUAUCACGAGGACCAAAGGCAUCGUUCAAGCACUCAUUUUGGGCACUUAUAAUUACAUUCAAAAAUCCCAACCAAAGGACAAAUUGGCCAACGAAGAACUAAUGCCAUAUUUAACAACGUUAAUGUAUCAAGAACAAGGUCCAUGGCCAAUUCGGAUAUCGGUUCUACUAGAAAAUAUUUCCAUGGAAGCUACACACAAACGCACCGUUGAACGAAGUCUCAAACAAUGCGAGGAGAUCAUGAAACUGGUCACAAAAUCUGAUGCCACAAGCAAUUUUCAUCGGUUGUCAUUUGUAUAUGCAUCGUACGUACGUCCACAUUGGUUGAUCCGAGCGCAAUUGGCCGAUUUGAUGGUUAGCUUAGGGUUUGUGAAGACUGCUUUGGAUAUUUACUUGGAGAUCGAGCGAUGGGAAGCCGUUAUCAUGUGCUACAAUAUGUUGGAUCUUAAGCAUAAGGCGGCCGAAGUCAUUCAAAAUGAACUGAAGAAGAAAGAAUCGGUUGAACUGUAUUGUAUGUUAGGUGAUGCAUUAGACGAUAAGACAUGGUACGAACGAGCAUGGGAAUUUUCCAAAGAGCGAAGCGGUCGUGCUCAACGUCAUCUUGGUACUCAUUACUAUGCUAAAAAGCAAUUCGAAGAAGCAAUUCCACACUUGGAAAAGUCGAUUGCCAUCAAUUCGUUACAAGAGGCGGUGUGGUCAAGGCUUGGCUAUGCAGCAUUGUCACUUGAACGAUGGGAAUUGGCGGCCAAAGCCUAUCGACACUAUACACAUAUCGAGCCAAAUGGUUUCGAAAGUUGGAAUAACUUGGCCAAAGCCUAUCUCAAUUUGGGCGACAAACAACGAGCCCACAAAAUUCUCACCGAAGCGCUACGCUGCAAUUACGACAAUUGGAAGGUAUGGGAGAAUUUCCUCAUUGUUUCACUGGACACCGGAAAUUUUGAAGACGUAUUGAAUGCACAUCACCGACUCGGCGAAUUGAAGUCAAAGCAUUUGGAUAAGGAGGUGUUGAUGAUCACAGUAAAUGCCAUUUGUAACAACACUCCCGAUGCUCAAGGCCGUCCUAGUGAACGUCUCUUGAAGAAAGCCCAGAAUCUUCUAGCACAAUUAUGCGUUCAAUAUCCAACAGAAGGUGGCGUCUUUGAACUCUCCGCAAAAUUACUCGACAAGGUACCACUUCAAAAAGCACAAAAACUACAGAAGGCAUAUCGUGCGUAUACACAGGGACAAAAUACGUGGACAAAAACACCCGAAACAACGAUUCAAGUAUUGAGUCUUUGUAAUAACUUGUGCGAGUCAAGUUUGAGAGCAUACGAUGAAAUUGAUAGCGGAAGUAAUACUGCGGCAGCAUCACAAUUAUCGUCAGCACGACUCACAACACAGGGCUGUAUCAAAGCAGCAAAAGACUCCGAAUGGCAGGACCAAUGUAGCGAACAAAUUACCACACUUACCGAUUUGUUAGACACCAUCAAAACCAAACUACUGAAUAAAGCUUAAAUAUCAUUUGAAUUGGACAUAAAUCUAGUCCAUUCUUCCAUUUCCUAAAUGUCUAUUUUAUAAUUUUGUUAUGAAAUCAAUUUUUUAAUUGAUUAAUAAAUUGAUUUUAACUAGAAAUUGUUUCAAUAUUAUCGCUGUUCAUUUUUUUUGAACGAUAAUCGUUGCAUGUCUUCAAGUUGUAAAAUACAGAGAGCUUUUUUGAAAGAUUUCCCAACAGAUUUUGCCUAGGAUUUUUCUUAGUGAUAAUUUAUGGAAUUUAAUAAAAGAACUAAAUUUA